AUGGCUUCGCUACAUCCGCACGACCACUUCUACUCCAACAGGCACAGCAAUCACAGCAGUCACUCCCCAUCACCCGAAGCCGAAAAGAUGCUCAAGCACACAAACGGCACGCCCGGCCCCGAGACCGAUGCCAUCCCGGAUGGAUUGGAGCUCAACACGGGGGCAAAUUACAGCACGGCGCCGCAGACGUAUGAGCCGGCGCAGGCGCAACCGUACUAUGGCCAGCAACAGCAACAGCACCAGCACCAACCUCACACGCCGCAGACGAAUUACACCGAGACGACGUACGCUCACAAUCAGCACUCGCCGAUGCCGGAAAAGCGCCCGGCGGAAGGAAAUGGAAGCAAAGAUGACGGGACAAUAUGCGGGUUGCGCAAGGCGACGUUUUGGCUUUUGGUUCUCUCCAGUUUGUUGUUCUGUGCCUUGGUCGGCGUAGCUGGUGGAUUGGGGGCUUUGGUGGCGAGCAAAAACAACGAAAUCGCAACAAACCUCCAAUCGCCAUCCUCUUCUUCCUCAACCGCCACACCAACCUCGGCAUCCUCAUCAGUCGCCUUCGACCUAAGCAAACCCGCCGCCACGGACACGCCCAUCGCACUCAACAAGUGUCCCGGCACCAGCUCCGCGUUAACGUACGAGGUGCCCGGGACGAACCUGACGUUCAGCAAGGACUGCGGGACGGACUACCUCUACAACGACAUCGCGCAGGUGCCGGCCAAGAACUUUGAAGAGUGCGUGCGGUACUGCGCGGCGUUUAACCUGCAGCAGCAGUCGAGGAAGGGGCCCUGCAAGGGGGUCGUGUAUAUUUACGAGGGCGAGCAGGGGGAGGAUAGUAAUUGGUGCUGGAUGAAGUAUACCAAGAACAUGGUGCAGAAUGGGGCCAAGGAUUAUACCGAGUCGGCUUGGAUUUUAUGAGUCUUUUUGUUGUUGGUGGAAUUUCUGGAAGGGGGGGGAGGGCGCGUUCGGAAAGCUUGGUUUGGAGUCAUUGGUGUGUUACGGAUACCCAGUUGUCCCCCCCGUUAAUGAGAGACGUUUUCAAAACGGCUUAUGGUUUCUUCCUUCUGAUUCAUGCAGGAUUGCAUCGCCAUUCAUCGUUCCAGUGGUCGGGGAGUGACGGCCUUGGCCAUUGACGGCUCGUCCCGGGGGGCGAAGGGAGCGAGCGGGUCUCUGAGAACAGGACUCGGAAACAGGCCGAUUCGCCGACCAGCAACGAAACUCAGACGCAGACGCGGUCGGAAACUCUCACCAAUUAGAUACGGCCCCCAGCUGCCUUGCUAGCUCAAUCGGUAGAGCGUGAGACUCUUAAUCUCAAGGUUGCGGGUUCGACCCCCGCGUGAGGCUCAAAUCCUCGCAGCGA